AUUGCCCGAACCCAAGAUGGCUGCCGCAGCGCCACGGCACUUCAAGACGGGUCACCUGUUGAAGUAAAAGCCCGGGUGUUUCAUUGGCUCCGCAGGGCCGGGCCCUGAGCCGUUGACCGUCGCCAAUCUAGCCCCCUGGGGCUGAGGGAGAAAGGGUAAACUAAGGCCGAAGUGGCGGCAAGAGGCGGCUGGUGGGCGUCGCUCCCUCUGACUCGCCGCCUCAGCCAGGCCAGGCCCGAGCCCGACGGGCUUCGUCCCCGCCCCCGGCUCCUCUCCUCAACUCGGCAUGGAGGACCGGGGGGGCGGCGGCCGCAGGGAGAGACCGCGAGCCGGAGAAGCGGAAGAAGGCGAGGAGCCGGCAGAAACCGCGGCGGGAGAGGAGGAGGAGGAGAAGGCGGCGGCCGGAGUGACCGUGACGAUUACGGAGCCAGAAGGCGACGAGGAGGAGGACGACGACGAAGGCGAGGCUGAGGAGCGGGACACGGAGUGGAGCUUCGUCGACAUGGAGACGGUGUCCCUGCGCGACCUGCCCACGGCGCUCAUCGCCUGCAACCUGCCCCUGGCCGUCUUCUUCCCCGAUGGACCCUGCAAGGUGGGUGAGGGGGCGAAGGGGGCUCCUGGAAGCCGGCCGGGGGGAGAGGAGAGUUUGGAAGUGGGGGGCGAAAGGGCCCCGGAAAGGGCAGGCCCCGCCCGCUCCCGGCCAGCACCACCCGCGGCCGGCAGGGGCUCUCAGUCGGGGAUGGCUGGCUCCUCCGGGAGGCGAACACGGCUAAUAAACAAACCGGUGAAAUAAGGCAGAGCGACGCCGGGGUCUCUGGUGGGGGGAUGUGAGGCAGAGGGGGGUUCUGCAAGAAGGCGCCCCCAGCCCUCUCCAAUGAGUUGUCGUUCAUUAGGCAAACGUUUUACAUAGCAGGACCUCUUGCGGCCUGUGCUUGCUCUUCGUGAAAGGCAGAAGCUGUGCCCUGCUGCCCCUGGGGCGUAUCUAAAGGGCAGCUGCCCAUGCAGGAUUCACCUCCCUGCUUUUUUUUCAGGGCCGGCCCUAGCAUUGGGUAGAAUGAGGCAGUGGCCUCAGGUGGCGGAUGCUGUGGGCCAGGGAGGGCUGCUGAAGUGUUGGAGGAUAGAGCUGUGUGGGAGGCGCACACCACCUGCCCUGUGCCCCUGAAUCUAGCCUCGUGCCAUCCGUUGUGGUGUGGAGCGUGCUAUCAGAUGGCCAGUUUUGAAGUAAGAUUCAGCUUCCAGGCCAGUCAGAUUCCAUAUGUAGAAUGGAGACAGGACACCAUCUUGUCCUCAGAGAGCAAAAGGUCUUGGGCUGGCCCUGUGGAAAAGGGACUGGCCACGGAACAGAAAGGACUGCAAUUCCCUGCCUGCUUGUAUUGUAGGGUUGCAGUGGUACAUCUGCUACCUGUUAAGUAGGACCUGAUCCUGUGCAGACAUGUGUUUAGUUUUUGUCCUGAGUUGUACUGGCCCAAGGAUUACUGAAUUUUGCCAGCAAUUAUAUUGGACAGCUCUGAGCCCUUACUUUUACAAAGGCUAAACAUAAUUUGUACAGAACCACUACUGUAGGCCUUUGGGGAUGUUAAUGAGGAAAUCUGCAACAAAAUGUGAUGUACCCUUGGCCUGAGCCCCGUAGCACACUCCAUAUGAGGGCUACUUGGACCAGUCUGCUGCUGUGCUGUGAUGCAGUAAAACUAUUGGUAGCAGAAAGCUCCAAGCAGGAACAAGUGUAUUGGACUAGAACCACUGAUCUGUUCUAGGAUGCCAAGGUAUCUUGACAGUUCUUGGUCUACCUGUUUUUGAGGGAUUCCUGUUGGGGGGGGGAGUAUUUUCUGCCUACUUAACUAUGCAGAUACCCCCUUUUGAUAUCUGUUGGUUGGCAUAGAAGCACUUGCUUGGUUAUUUUAUUUCUAAAAUUGAUCCUCUGCAUUUUUAGUGCCAAUUCCUACAUCACUCUUUGAGGAAAUUAUUGUCUCCAGUUGUUAUCUUUGAUUCAUUGGUCCAUAUACAGAGCUUUAUUGCCAUCUCCCACAUGUGACUUAAAUUUUGAUAUUUCCAGGUAGUUCAAAGAGUCAGGCAGGUGAAUUGCAAUGUAUCAACCUACAUUUGAAAGACGCAAAUUGACCCUCACAUCGUUAGGAAUGAAAGGUUGUAACCAUGGCUGGCCUUCGAAAUGACAUAUUGCUAUUUUUAAAUGCCAUGCUGCUGUAUAAAUAUUGCGGGAGGAGAAGAAUAGGAAACAUAAGUGCCCCUUCCUGCUUCCUGUUUCCAUAUACCAUCAUAUGCUAAGUGUAACUCUAGCUUCUCUGCCUACAGUCAGAUGUUUGGCAGGAACAAGCAUAAUGUUUGGCUUUAUCUCUCUUCCCUACGUAGUCCCUUCCAUCAGCUAAAGCUAUACCUUUGCCUGAGAUGCAUGAGGGGAAAAUCAUACAGAAUGUAAUACAUCAGUUUUUGUUACAUGGUGCUUCAAAGAAUGAAGAACUAAAAGCAAAUUUUAUUUAUUUUUUAAUGUUCAGGCUCUUGCUCUAACAACAAUAACAAUAAGCUUACUAACUGAUAAUUUGUUUAUCUAUAAAACUGCUGUAUUUUUCUUCUAGGACUAAGAUGUGGUUUUGUAAGAUCUAAAUUUAUAGUCCUUUUAAAUAACCUUAAUAGUUGCCAUAGCUACUUACAUACUCGGCAGCCAUACUAGGUACACUUAAGAAAUGCAAACUUGUAUUUUCAAAUAUAUAUUCUGUGCUGUUUUACUUUUAAAAUGUUACAUUUCAAAUGAUUCCAAUGUGAGUCCAAGCUUUAGGCAACUUCAAGACUGCAGAAAGACAUGGAAAUAGAUAUAUGUGCUAGGGUAGCCUUCUUGAAUAUAGUGCACAAGGGUGUUAACCAACCAAUCCUCAGUUCAUAUCUAAUCCCACUCAAAUUCACUAGCCUUCGUAUAUGGUGCUGUUGCUGUUCUUAAAUGGCUGUAAUGAAGAUUACCAAGAUAAUAGUUGGAAUUCAGAGAACCAGUCAGGAUUUUGUUUUUUGCUUUGACCCCCAUAUUAUCAUAUACUUGCUUUUUAAACAGUUGCCAUAUAGAUUGGAGGCUUACUGUUUUGAGAAUUGCUAUAAAAUUCCUGUGAGCUUACAGAACUAGUUUCAUGGUUCUUUACAUCUUGACUAAUGCAAUGCAUUUGGAGCACUUGAGCCGUACCAUAUGAAUGCUAUCCUUUAUUCUUGUUAGCAGUCACUUAAUUUCAUUUCCAAAUCCUGAAAAUUAUGCUUGGAUCAGCCACAAGGGGGUGAAGUAACACCACUUACAGUAUUUGCAAAGUUUGUCUGAAAGAGAGUGCUUGUGCUUUUGAAACUCUGUUUUUGCUGGUGUGUAUAAUUUGUCAGAUAUAUUCCAGAUAAAUUAUACAUCUGACCAACCUCUCCUGCCAAAUAGCCACAGCAAUUACUAGCCUUCAGACCCGUAGUAGGUUAACUUGCUAUUCACACCUAUAUUAGUCAUAUGUAUCCAUGGCCUCUUUGCCUGAAUGGAGCUGAAAGAACCUAGAGUGCUUUCAGACAAAGGACUCUUAGAGCUUUCAGUUCUGCUUUCUGCUGUAUCCAGAAUUGCAAGCAAGCAUUGACACAUGAGAGUUAUAGCACUCUUUCAGUUGUGCUUUCCAUUAUGUUAAAAUAGUGGGCAUGACUUAUCGUGUGAGAAGUAUUUAUCCCUCCUUUUCCUCCCACUCCUCAUGGUUGUGUUCGUUAUUCAUAUCCUGAUGUUGCUUUCUGUCCUUCUACCCCCUUUCUCAGUAAUAACUAAAUAAGCACUGUCAGCCAUUAAUUGUUUUUCUCCCCCCCCCUGCUAUUUCCUUUUUUUUACUGCUAACUCAUGCAACAGAAAAGGGUUUGUUUUUUUGAGUCUCAGUAGCACAGACUUAAAUUUAUUGCAAAGCUGUUGCCACCCAAUCCCCACCCUGCCCACAGUCUUCUUGCUGCUUAUCAGUAUUAUUAUUAGUAGUAGUAGUAAUUUUUUUGGAUUGCUUAUUUGCCCUGCACCAUAAGGUCCUGGCAGAUGAUUGAUAGGUGGGUGGCCCCAUGAAUCUCACUGAACUCUUAAUCAAAGAUUUGACUGAAGAUUUAAAAACAAAGGUUGCAAAAGAGUAGGUACACCAAGACAAUGACUGUUAUUUGGUUCCUGCUUAACUAAGAGAGUCAAGGUUUUACGUAAAGUUUAAAGUGCUACUUCUAAAGGAAACUCAGGAUCUCAGGGCUCUCAAAGGCCAAGCAAUAGGUGAUACGGUGUUCCUUCGAUUAGGUUAGGAACUGGCAGAAGGUUCAGUGUUAACAAUGUCAGGUGGAGUUUCCAGGCUAGUGUGUAGAGUAGGGGUGGCUAACCUGUGGACCUCCAGAUGUUGCUGGAGUACAACUCCCACCACCUGUGGGCUGGGGCUGAUGAGAGUUGGGAGUCCCAACAACAUUUGAUUGGUCAUUGGUUAGCCACCCCAGGUGCAGGGAGUGUGGGCACCCUCUUGUCCAUGUCAGCCCAAGUCUUCACUCUCAGGGGCAACCUUCUGGGGGGCCUCAUGCCAGUAGUGUGUGGGACUAUUGCUUUUGUCCAAGAGGCUAAAUUCCAGCCAUACAAAAGUCAGAGGUGUUUUCUCUCUCUCUCUCUCUCUCUCUCUCUCACACACACACACACACCCCAUCCAGACAAACAACAGGCAUUCUAAGUUUUCAAAGACAGAUUCCAGCCAGCAGACAAAAGCACCCAAGAAAGACAUGGAGCAGGGCCAGUGAAUAGUGUAGUUCUAGAGCAGCGGUUCAAAACCUAUGGGUCCCCAGAUGUUGUUGGACUACAGCUCCCAUCAUCCCUGAACUCUGGCCUUGCUAGCUAGGGGUGAUGGGAGUUGCAGUUCAACAGCAUCUGGGGACCCACAGGUUGAGAAAGGCUGUUCUAGAGAGUCCCCGAGGGCUACAAAAAGAGGCCUCUGGGGCAGCAUUUAGCCCGCGGCUUGAGGUUUCGCAGCCCCAUCCCUUCAGUAGAUUGUUUCAGCUGGAAACUUUCCAUGUGCAUUUCAUUCUGGUUCAGUAGAUCCUUGCUAGCUCAUCUCCCGAAGGCAAAAUGUAGCUAAGAUGUUUGUGAGGAGACACAAAAUGUCUGUGAAACUGUGCUCUCCAGCAGUAUCAUAUUUCAUACUGCUGGUCACACUUGUUUUUAAAAUAGAGUAAUUUGCAAACAUGGGAAAGUUCUGAAGAGGUCUGCUAAACGAUUUCUUAAAGAGUUUUAGCACAUUAAUCAAGCAUUUGACCAGUCCAGAAAUAUGGAAGAUACCGUCUUUUUCGCCCUAUAGGGUGCACCGGCCCAUAGGACGCACCUCGUUUUUUGGGGGGGAAAUAAAUAAAUAAAAAUUAUUUACCCCCCCCCCCCAGCUGCAGUGCUGGGGUGGGGGAAGCCUGAGCUUCCCCAACCCCCAGAACAGGCUGCUAUCCACAAGCCUUGCGAGCCCGGCGGCAACUCCCGCCGGGCGGGCAAGGCUUGCGGACAUUGCGCGAAGCACAGGGCACCCUCCAGAGGGCGCCCCGUGCUUCGGGCUGCAGGCUGCUGCCCGCAAGCCUUGUGAGCCGGCGGGAACUCCCACCGGGCGUGGAAGGCUUGCGGAUAGCUUCCUGAAGCCUGGAGAGCGAGAGGGGUCGGUGCGCACCGACGCCUCUCGCUCUCCAGGCUUCAGUGAAAGCCUGCAUUCGCCCCAUAGGACGGACACACAUUUCCCCUUCAUUUUUGGAGGGGAAAAAGUGCGUCCUAUAGGGCGAAAAAUACGGUAAAUACAAGUUUAUUCCACUCAUGAUGCUAUUUUCCCCAUUCCAUUACCCUUGGUUUCCUUUUGAAGUUGAAUUUUUAGUAUUAAAAGGAAAAAACUCUAUAAAAGGUUUUCCACUUCCAUUAUCAUCUACUCCUUCCUUCUCCCUUUUCACUUCCACUAUCUUUUUCUUAAAGAAUAUACCAGAGUUGUAUAUAGGGCAAGGUCUGGCCAUGUAGUAGAUUUCUAUAAUGCCUCAUGGUCCAUUUAGUGGCAUAUUUAGUAGCUUUUAUAACUUUGCUAAAAUGCCAUACCUGUAUAGACAAGUAUCCAGUCUGUUUGCUAGAAUAGGGAGGAGUCAAUAAAGGCAUGCAUUCCUCUGAUUUGUAACAUUGAAAGGAAACAUGUGGAUGGCAGGCAGUGGGGUUCUAUCAAUAAUAGAGGCCUCUUGACUUUUGUCUGCAAAGUUCUGAUGCGAUGAAACUACUUCUCACACCCUUAAAAAACUACCCUGGUUGAGCUUUGCACGUGUGUUUUUGUCACGUCAUUGGAAUGUUCUCACCAGCAGAGGGCACUGCACAAGCAGUCACACAGGGCCUGCUGCAGAGGGAGAUGUCUUGGCUGAGAGGUAGCAAGCGCAGCUUACUUGUCCUUGGCCAAUCCAAGGAUCCUCUGGGUGCCUAUGUGGAGGCUGUCACUAUAUUCCAGGAACUCUUAGGAUGUUGAGCUUAUUCCUUUUGAACCUCCACUGCAGGUGGGGAGAGUACAGUCACACUCAGGUCCUGCUUGUGGGUUUCCCAUAGGCAUCUGGUUGGCCACUGUAAGAAGAGAAUGAUAGACUAGAUCUAGCAGGACUCUCAUGUUAUAUAUGUGCAGAGGAGGAGAUUUUUUGAUCAGAUUCAAGUUCUCCUAUAUAAUCCUUAGAGAAAAAUCUUCAGAUUGUCCCCCUCUUUCUCUUCGUGAAAACAUGAGUUUGACAAUGGUAAAGAUUCCAUAACUUGGAUUCAGAAAAGUGCAAGCAUAAUGGCAGGUGUUCCUCCUCUCCACCUUUGCAGCUCCCUGUGUCCUAUGAAAAGCUGCUCUUGAAGGUCAGAGAACCCUUUGGAAUGAUGGAGUAUGGGAAGUGGCCAAAACCAAGUGAAGGUACCUUGAACAUCUAUUUACACAUGGUCUCUCUACCUGGUUUUGGCUUAUUCUCUCUCUCACACACACACACACCCCCACCCACACCUACCCUUCCUGAACCUAUCCUGUGCCAUUACAGAGAGUCUUCUGACUCUGGAGCAGAUUUUUAAGGAGUACCAGGCUACAGUGAGGAGGAAACUCCCUUAUUUAUUAUUUUUCCACUUAAGAUUCUCUGGAUUAAACACAAUCUAUUGUAGGGAUGACAGAAAAUAUUUCAGUAAUCAUUUUGAAAGAGAAGUUAUUUCGUGAGAGUGCCAGUUUCUCCCAAACUUCAUAUGUUUCCAUUUUAGGGAAGGUAGCAUGGAAAGAUUUCUCCUUAACUUUUCUGUCCCAUCCUUCAUAUUUCUAUUCAUAUUUUAAGAUUUAUUAUAUUUUCAGAGUGACCAAAUAAACAGCCUGUUCUACACUUUCACAUUUAAAUCUUACUUUACUAAUGUGGUCUGGCAAAUUCUGGAGCUUACUACUGUUUCCAAACCACAUUAGUAUGGAGUGGUGUGUUUUCAGCACCUCACAAGAUGGAUUUUUCCUCUAAAUUUGUAUAUGCUCAACCAACUUCCCCAGUUGCAAGAAAUGUAGGAAUGAUUAACAGUUUGGGAAAGUUAAAAAAUUGUAUUUUUCUGCAUUACUAGUUAAUAUUAUUAAUUCUGGGACCUGCAGCACCUGAGUUAAAUAAGCUUCCCCCAACCUCCCUGUAACAUAGUUAAAUUUAUAUUCUGGUGGUAGUAGUAAGAUCUGUUUGAAAAUUGUGGCUGCCAAGUCCAGAGAGAGCUUUCCAUAAUUUUGAUUCUUCUUAAAGAUCAUAUUUAGUAUACCUUUGCUUUUUCAGGCCAUAAUAGUGUUCCCUUGCCUAGAAGUUAGCAGUUGUUAAGAUAAACUUUUAAAAGUUUUGUCUACAGUACAGUGGUACCUCGGGUUACAUACGCUCCAGAAAUAGUACCUCGGGUUAAGAACUUUGCUUCAGGAUGAGAACAGAAAUUGUGUUCCUGCGCUGCGGUGGCAGCAGGAGGCCCCAUUAGCUAAAGUGGUGCUUCAGGUUAAGAACGGUUUCAGGUUAAGAACGAACCUCCGGAACAAAUUAAGUACAGUACUUAACCCGAGGUACCACUGUAUCUGCAAGUUUCUACUAAGUAGCUCUCUCAAUUAAAGACAUACUUGCAGAUACGAUUUCUGUCACGUCUCUUUCAGAUUAAAAUUAAAUUUAGCAUUAGAAGCUUGGGAGUGCUAAGGAGAAGUAACAAGAGGAAGCCAACACGGAUGAUGAUGAUUAGUCAGAUGCUUGGUAAACAGGAGGGCCUUCCUUCCCCUUCCCCUAAUCUGUCUGCCAGGAGAUAGAGAGAUUUAACUCCCCACCUCUUUUCAAGUUGCUUCCACAUGUCUUAGCCCUCUUGUAUGCAGUUGGAUGGAUAUAAUGUAAGGGGAAAGGGGAUAAUAGGAAAGUUGAGGAAAUUGACCCAUGAAUCAUUAACAUAUCUUGGAAUUUUUUUUCUUUGCUUGAGAAAACCAGUUAUUUAUAGCUUUGCAGUUUGCAUGAUUCUAAGUUUCCAUUUGAUGCUUUAAGAAGAUUAUUCCACUUAAUCCUUUGUUACUGUGUACUUAACCAGCUAGUUUGUAGCAGCCCAGCCUUAAGGUAUCAUAUGACAACUUAUGUUAAAGGUCAGUUGUGUAUUGGGAGGCUCUGUUCUCUGGGGAGAAACUCCUUUAAUAGCACUUCUAGUAUAUAUUGCAAGUAUAUAUAGUGAAAGAGUGAUUCAAUAACCAGUUUUUCUAGCCUGGAUAGUCAAAUAGAGCACCAAAGGGGUCAUAACAGUCUGGCAUAUAACCAAUGAACAGAAAAUUUAUUGUAUGCCCAUCAGCAUAUGCCUCUAACCAAAUCUAAGCAUAUGCAAGUGAAACAACUGCAUAUUCUUCCUUGUUUUCUUUUGCCCCUGUUUCCUCCCCCCUGUUUCCCCUGUGUUGAACUUUAGAUCACAACUUCUUCAGAGCAGGAAUUCUGCAAACUGUAUUCUGCAAAGUGCCAGGCAUAUUGAUACUGCUAUUUAAAUAGGGUUUUUUUAAAGCCCACCACUUUAAGCCAAUCUUGCUCUUUUGCCCACUGUUCCAGGGUAUGCAAAUGAUGUGAGAAAAAUAAUGGAUUCAAUUAUAGGUUACAUCUGAACAUAAGCAGCCAGAGAAAUGAGCAGGUAGUAUAUAUGAGUUAGCUAGGAAGAUUGUGCAGUUUCCUUUGGUUGGUUGGUUAAUUAAUUAACCACCUUUAUCUUCCAAGGAUCUUAAGGUUGUGUGCAUAGUUCUCCCCCUAUUUCAUCCUCACAACAACCCUGUGAGGUAGGUUAAACUAAGAGGUGGUGACUGGCCCAAGGUCACCCAGUGAGCUUCAUGGCUGAGUGGGGAUUUGAACCCUUUCUCUCCCAGAUCCUAGUCCAACUCUCAAAUCAUUACAUCACACUGGCUCCCCUGUCAUAAAGUGGGUGUUGUAGCUAAUACAUCUUUAUCCAGAAGAAUCCAUCAAUAUUGCUUCAUAAGUUAAUAAAAAUCUAUUAUCUAUGUCAGUGGUUCCCAAUUGGUGGUGCGUGGACCCCAAGGGGUCUACAUAAUGCACCCAGGUGGUCCGUGGCAUCAUUCACAUAGCAAAAACUACCAUAGAGGUAUUUUUUAAAAAAUUAAGUAGGGGGUCCAUGGCUUGCUUUUUGAAAGCAGGGGUAUGCAGUACUUAGCUAAUUGGGAACCACUGAUCUAGACAGUAUGCACAGUGGUGUUGAGGGAAGACUGUUUUGAUGAUAAGACCCUUGGGGCAGUGGUUGGUGUUGAUCCUGAUAGAAGUAGUGUAAGUUUCAAAUUUGGAUGUUAAUUCAGUACUUAACAAACUCUUACUUAUAGAAGAAGUUGCUUGCCAUUUUCUAAAAUACCUACUCAUCCACAGGAAAAGAUAAAGUAUUGUUUCAAAGCUAAUAAAUUACAGCACAAUCCUAACCAUCUCUGCUCAGAAAUAGGUCCUUCAGUGGGGUUAGAAUUGAGGUCUUAGAUUCAGUCAUUUGAUAAUGAUUUAGUUACUACUUGCUGAGGUUGGCAGUAUCAUAGUUAUGCAGGUAGUUGAUCCUGUGCUUCAGAAAACUAAGCUAUACACUGUCCUUUGAACUAAUUUAGUAAUUCUGUGAUGCAGAAUAUUUUCAGUCUGAAUGUCCCUUGGGAGCUCAAAAGCUUGGUCAUUAUUUUGUGACAAUUAAACUGGUUCUAGUAAAGGUAUUGCCCAACUGUGGAUUUUAUAGGUUUUUCUUAUAGAAAACUUUAUUUUUUAAUGUUGCUUUUGGUAGUUGCAUUUUCAAAGUUUGAUUAUAAGCUAGGAAUUGUUUUCGGGGAAAACAUUUCAACAUUUAAUUUCACUUGUAUCCAUGUAUUCUGUUGCUAGAUAAAUAAAUCAGCAGUUACAAAACACUGGGGGUUUAUUAAAGUUUUAUUUACACUUUUAUGUAAAAAGGGUUCUGAAGCAGCAAUUACAAUGUUUAACUAUAUUUUUCAGGAAACCACAAUCUUUCAAAUAUAUUUUCCAUUAGGUUAGUGAAAGAAGGACAGGAAGAGCAGUUUCAAUAAGAACUGUGGUUUUUUAUAUAGAAUUGAAUAAGAAACAAAACCAAGUAAUUUAAGUCACUCAGAUUAAUUAACCAACUACAUUCAUAAAUGUAGUUGGAAAAGUAGGUGAGAUUCACAAUUGAGAUCCUGAAGUUCUUGUGAGCUGCUGCAUGAAGUUAACUGUCAGUUGCUUUAAAGACCAUUGCCCUGAUCACCUUAGUAAUGUUGCAUAGUGGCUGAUCUGCACUACAUGUCAGCACUGAACUGAAUAUACUUUUAUGUUUCCAAUAACUGAACUGAAGGCAGAUACAGUAUACAGAAAAUAGUAAUGAAUAUGUGUAGGUACCAAUUGCGGUUUUUGUAGUUUUAAGAUAUGCCAGUUUGAAGAGGAGCUAAUACUUAAGAAAAUGACAAAUGUGUGGUGUAGCAGCUUGUCCUAUCUAAUAAUUAUCAAACGCUGGGUAAUUCUGGUAUCCUAGUUUAUCUUCAUUCAUUCUGCUUUGUACAAAAGAUGGUUCCAUAUCAAAAAGCCCUGGUAUGAGAUGAAAAAAGAGUUACAAUUUUUGUAAACUGGCCCAACUUUCAGUGAUAUUUCUUUGUCAGAAAAUAUAGUUACCGGUAUAUAUUUUCAGAGGAUGUCAGAAGAUAUAUAUACAGUGGUACCUCGGGUUACAUACGCUUCAGGUUACAUACGCUUCAGGUUACAGACUCCACUAACCCAGAAAUAGUACCUCAGGUUAAGAACUUUGCUUCAGGAUGAGAACAGAAAUCGUGCUCUGGCGGAGCAGCGGCAGCGGGAAGCCCCAUUAGCUAAAGUGGUGCUUCAAGUUAAGAACAGUUUCAGGUUAAGAACGGACCUCCGGAACGAAUUAAGUACUUAACCUGAGGUACCACUGGAGAGAGAGAGUGAGUGUGUGUUCAAUGGGUUUUUGAAACUGCCUUAUUUUUACAAUGAAAGGUGGUCUCUAAAUUAUUUUAAGUAAAUAUACAUGCCAAGAUUCCAAAUUAUUCUUCAAGCAGCUCCCUUAAACAGAAAACAAAUCAAGAUAUAAUUGAACAGACGUGAGUUAGUCAGGCCUAUGUAUCACUUAGAUUAAUUAAACCCAGUUAUGGCAGUAGCAAUAAAGAUGUCUUAUCAAAGCAUCUUAUUCUGAAGUACAUUGACUGUUGUUUUCUGUUUUAAACAGAAGAAUCAUUAUUGUUAAACCGUAUCUCAUUUAAUUUAAUACAACCAAGGAGUCAGAAGCAGUGGUCCCUUUCAUUUAAUCAACUGUUGCAUAGUAGAUAACUUAUGGUGUUAGGCAGGAGAGGGGCAAUUCUCCUAUAGACUUUUAAGUUAUUGAGGAUUCCAAACAACACAGGCGUAGUAUCCCAUAAGUGCAACUGCACCAUGCAAUUACAGCUCAGUGCAGCACUGUUUUACAUAGCUUGGGAAGCCUUCUGAAUAGAAUAAAAUAUAAAUAGUAAUAUCUUUUGAAUAUUAUCCUCUAGUUUAGAAUUAGUUUAUUCCAUUAUAGUUUUAUUGUGUUCUAGUUAAAUUGAUUCAAUGCUUGUCAUGAAUCUUGGGGUCAUUAAAGAACAAUUUUUUAAAAAAAGCAACACCUCUGACUUGACGACCUUUGCCUUUGAAAAGUGGAUGGUGGAAAGAAUUUUUAAAAGUUUCAUUCAUGACUUGUAGAGCACUUUGGGACACUUUUCAGCUGUGAUGCUUACAGAAGGUCCAGUGCUAUGUUUUUUCCAUGGAAAUUUUCCAUUCUGAAAAACAUUGCUCAUAAACAUUUAAUUCAUAUUGCGUAGUCUUGUGUUGCGUGAAUGAACCCUGGGAUCCUGAGAAAACUCUGCUCCUUUUUCAGGCACAGCCUUAAAUAGGAGAUCAAAAGCUAUUGCUAUGCACUUAUUAUGUUAACAGCUUUACUGCAUUAACAUUAAAAAAAUAAAAACAAUGAAAGUGAACUGAGGGAGGAAGAGCUACAUUGACCACGUCGACUCGCAGGGCUGGGGCCAAUGGAGCUCGUUCCUCCACGUGCCAGCCACUGGAAGGAGUCGCUCCAUAACCAGCCCGCCAAGGGAAAAACAAGCUGCAUUGGCUCGUUCCACCCUUGGUUUGAGGGCCAGAGUGUGAUGGCGCCUUCACCCAGAGGUAUAUCAUGUAGAAAGUCACCAUUGCACUCUGGCCCUCAAACCAGUACUAGGUGAUGUAUCGAUACAUCACCCAAACCUAAUCAGAUGACAUUGGUAUAAUACUGCAAGGUUGCUUUUUUUUACGCAUCUUAAGUUGGAGGUUCUGAAAUGCAGAAAAGUCAGGGCUGGCGCACCCAUGAGGCAGGGUGAAGCAGCUGCCGCUAGUUGUAUUGGUGCCAGUUUCCCUCACCAAAAUUUCACCAGAACCUGCUGUUAUCACCUUUGCUUUAUGCCACUGUACAACCUAGGCAAGGGAUGCUUUGGUGGAGGCAUUAUAGGGGCACUUCCUGUUUUGCCUCAAGCAGCGAAAUGGGAUGCGCCACUCCAGAGAAUAAUCAUUAGGUGGUCCACUAAGACCCUAAGCAAUUUUUAACAGGUCUAUGGGAUAAAAAGUUUGGGAACCAUUGUCUGAAAUGAAACUCCCUUCCUUGAAGUCUCCAGAGGCAGUGAUUGAAUCUGUGAAUAAAUUUAAUUUUGUGAGGUACACUGAUCUACACCUGGGGAUAGCUUUGUUUCUUUAUAUGCUCAUAACUGCUAUGCUUAAAAAAAAUGGUUUAAGUUCUAUAGGAUGAAUGAAUGAACCUAUGAAUGAGAAGAAAAUUCAGUAAGCAGUCUUGGAUCUCAUUCUCCCUUGUGCUUGGUAAGCAUAGCAAAUCUGAAAGAAGGCGAUUAUGCCUAGGGUCCAUAAAAAGUCAGUAAAUUGUGAAGUAUACUGUGAUGGCAGCAAUAGCUUAGUGAAUCGGAGGAUUUGACCUGUGUUCCCAUCUCAAGCUGCAUUUAUAGCAGAUAUAAACAUGACUACAUGUUCUUAAAGGUUUCCUGUGUUUUCCAUCCAAAAGGGAGCAGUCUGUGUGAAAUGUUUUUCCAGCUUGUCUGGAAACUGGAAUAUAGCUGUGAAUCACUUACGGAAAAUGCUAUGCAUUUUUAUUUUUUUUAUUUUUUUGUUAUCUGGAAACAUUGUGACUUUCCAUAGUUUUAUAAUGUAGUACAUGUGGUUUAAUAAGAAAGGACUGCAGGAAGUUACUGGCCAGUUCUUCAAAUUAGUUCAUAAUCUCCCACCCAAGCACUCUUGGUUGCAACUUCCCAUGCUUAAUUCUUUCCUCAAAUGGGAAACUUUAACGUAAAGAAAAACACUUGCAGAUUUUUUUUUAGCCUUGGAAAAUAACGUGCAAAGUAUUUUUAAGAAGGUAAGGGGGAGACUUCUGAAGAUGUUGUAUAAGCAUCUAAAGGUAUCUUAAUAGUCCAUUAACUGCUCUCAAACAAGCUCUUUUUAAAAAAUAAUAAUUAAAUAUGCAGCUUAAAAAAAAAUGCAUCUUCACCCUCCCUCCUGCCCCAGACUUGCCACCAAAGCAGAAAAGUACUCACCAAGUUAUCACCAGGGAGGGUGUGUGUGUAUAUGCAUAUUUUAUGGGUUUAGUGUUAGCUUUGGCAAACUUCAAUCUGUGUAUAUGUUUUAAGGACACAUUUGAAAAAUACAUUUUUCGAAUACAUCGAAAAACACAUGGCUUCCCCCAAAGAAUCCGGCGAACUGUAGUUAAGGGUGCUAGGAAUUAUAGUACUUUGAGAUGUAAACUGCAGAUCUCAGGAUUCUUUGGGGUAAUCUAUGUGCUUUUAUGAUAUUAUGCGGGUGACUUAAGAUGAAAACUGUAGUACUCCUCCUUGAGUAACCUACAGUUUUAAGUAGGCAAAAGUUAGGUCCAGUCAAAGGCGACUAUGGGGUUGCGGCACUCAUCUUCCUUUCAGGCCGAGGGAGCCGGCAUUUGUCCACAGACAGCUUUCCAGGUCAUGUGGCCUGCAUGACUGAACUGCUUCUGGUGCAACGGAACACCGUGAUGGAAACCAGAACGCACGGAAACACCCUAUUUAUCUACUUGCACUGGCGUUCUUUUGAACUGCUAGGUCGGCAGGAGCUGGGACAGAGCAACAGGAGCUCACCCCAUUGUGGGGAUUCGAACCGCCAACUUUCUCAUCGGCAAGCCCAAGAGGCUCGGUGGUUUAGACCACAGCGCCACCCAUGUCCCUUUAGAUUUAAGUACCAAUGUUUCAUUUGUUCAUUGGUUACAUUUGAAAAGGCACAUCUAAGGGUUAUGUAGAACAGGUAUCUUCAACCUUUUCAGACCCAGGUUUAUUUACCCAAAUAUGCAUAUGGAGGACCAAUUUCUUAAUCUUUUAAGUUUUACCUCAUAUUUGCAUGAUAUUUGUGCUUCUGUUAUGACCCACCUUGGAUCAGGCUGCGAGCCACUAGUUGGUUGAAGACCACACGUUGAAGACCAGUGGUGUAGGAGAUACUGUAUCUCUACGUUCAUGGAGCUUUUCCAAAGAAAGCAUACUGAGUAAAUGUUGUACAAGGCCCCUUGUAUCCUGACUCUAUUCUGGAAAUGAAAGACUUCCUAACUCCUUGUACUGCAUUCAUAUUAAAACCUUCCACUGGUAUCUAGUGUCUAUUCAACAGUAAUUCCAUGGAUCCUGAUGGUCCUGAGCCCCAGUAGAAGAAGAAGAAGAAGAGUUUGGAUUUGAUAUCCUACCUUUCACUCCCUUUAAGGAGUCUCAAAGCGGCUAACAUUCUCCUUUCCCUUCCUCCCCCACAACAAACACUCUGUGAGGUGAGUGGGGCUGAGAGACUUCAAAGAAGUGUGACUGGCCCAAGGUCACCCAGCAGCUGCAUGUGGAGGAGCGGAGACGCGAACCCGGUUCCCCAGAUUACGAGACUACCGCUCUUAACCACUACACCACACUGGCUCUCUCAGUAAAGGAAUUUCACCUGGUCUGUUGGUUGUGAUAAGAUGCACACCACAUUGAAGAGGAACAGCUGUUUCCCAUACACACACACACACACACACACACACACACAGAGUAGAACCUCUACUUACAACCACCUCCACUUGCAGACGUUCCAAGUUGCGACCACGACAAACCUGGAAAUAACCGGCAGGUUUGCUGCCGAUCGUGCAUGCACAGGAGUGGCAAUCACCGUUCACACACAACGGCGCCUCUCCCUGCGACCCAUUUCACCAUAAGGACUGGCCUCCAGAACGGAUUGUGGUCAUCCACUGUGUACACACACACACACACUUUCCCAUUUUCAUACCUCUUCUCCAAGGAAUUGAUAUAUAAAAACAAAAUGCAGUUUAACUGGGAAGGUGAAGCGGAGCUUGUUUAGUAGAUAAAAGUGAGAUGUGAAAGCCUGGCUUACAGAUGAAAGGAAUGGAUACAGCUGUGUGUUGAAUACUUCUGCUCUGUUAGGUACCGUACUUUAAGAAGAUAAGAAUAGCCCUGCAUGAUCAGGUCAAAAGUCAGCCAGAUACUUUCAUUGUUUUGGAAACAUUAAGUUUUGCAUUCUUUUUAAAAUUGAAAGACUGUAAUUACUCAUUUAUACAUGAGUAAUAUGCUUUGUGGGACACGGGUGGUGAUGUGGGUUAAACCACAGAGCCUAGGACUUGCCGAUCAGAAGGUUGGCGGUUCGAAUCCCCACAAUGGGGUGAGCUCCCGUUGCUCGGUCCCAGCUCCUGCCAACCUAGCAGUUCGAAAGCAUGUCAAAGUGCAAAGAUAAAUAGGUACCACUCCCGCGGGAAGCUAAACGGCGUUUCCGUGCGCUGCUCUGGUUCACUAGAAGUGGCUUAGUCAUGCUGGCCAAUAAAGCGAGAUGAGCGCUGCAACCCCAGAGCCGGCCACAACUGGACCUAAUGGUCAGGGGUCCCUUUAUCCUUUACCUUUAAUAUGCUCUGUGGUGAAAAGAGAAGAUCUGGAAACUUAACGGUAACUUGACUGUCAUUACUGUGACUUCAUUAGAUUAGUAUGUACUUAAGAUAUACUGAUAAUUGUCUUUCAAAAAUCUGCAUAAAUCUACUGAUAAGGUGUGAGACAUCCUUUUCUGACAAAGCCAUGUAUGAUAGCAAUUGUUAGAAGUCCUAGAACAUCUGGCAGGAAAGCGGUCAUGUGGGUUUGUUUGCUUUUGUUCAAAAGGACUUACUGUACUUGGUCCUUUCGGCAUGACAGUAAAAGGCUGGAUGAGAGCUUUUACAAUGACUGCUUCAGAACAAUAGAGCCCCUCCUAUGAGUAGAAAUUAGUUGUUUUCAUCCAGGGGUAGGCAACCUAAGGUUAAACCCAUGGGUUUAACCAGCCCACGAGCCGCCCCCAAACUGAGCUGCCCGCUCGGAGAGUCCCUGCACACUGUGCUAAACUGGCGCAGCGCAGUGCAGGGACUCACUGCCGCGGUGCCGGAAAUCACGUCUGUGCAUGCUCAGAUGCCAAAAAUCACAUCUGUGCAGAUGCAGAUGCUGGAAAUUGUGUCUGGGGAGAUGGAAGAUGCUGGAAAUUGUGGCCGUGUGCGUGCGAUCCGGCCCACGGAGGGAUCUCCGCUGGAGUGAACUGGCCCAGGCGAGGUAAACCUUGCCGACCCCUGUUUUAAUCUCUCUCUUCCCCCUCCUCCCAAUCAUUGAGCCAGUAUCUUCUAUUGCCCAUACCUAGUUUGGAGAUUAGUUACUGUUUUUAGCCGAGAUUUCCAAGGGUUGCCUUGUAUUUCAAUCACGUUCCCCACAAUUUUCCCUAGAAUUGAUAUUUCAACAAUACAUAGUAAAACAUCAGACUGGUUUCCCCCUGGUUGUAUGAGUGGAGAGAAUACCUCAUGCUCCUCUUUUUUAAUACACCAAUCGAUUAAUCUAGAAGUUUUAUAAUAUGUCUUUUGAAUAUCUUGGAGAAAGCUUACUUUUACUUUGUCACUCUUGCAAGCGAUUUUCAGUUCAAAAUUUUACAGGCCUGUUCUCUGGAUGGCUUUUUUAAAAAUGUUUUGUUUUGUUGUUAAACUACUGGCUGUGAAAGAGUUAAAUGUUUUUCUUUUUAAAUGGUAUUCAAAGUUCAGCCCUUACAUCUGGAGGUCUGCCUAACCUCCAUGAGUUCACCAACCUACAGCCUACACAGUUUCAUUUUUUGUGUCCAGCCUACUCCACUGAUAAUACCACCAUGGAACUCCUCCUGCUUUCCUUUUUCCCUUUAGCCACCAACAAAUGGCCUAUGCCUUUCCCCCCUGCAAGCCCUCCUCGUAGGUCCUUUCUUCAGCAUUGUGCUAAAUGGCGGGUAUCCUUGGAGUGCCAUUGCCAAAAGAAGAGAGCAAAGGUUAUGUAGUACAAUGGGAUGGUGCAAAUUGACCUGUGCAUCACCUCCUCUCAUUGGGUGUUUAUAUCCGGGCCAUGAAGUGUAUCUGGCUGUGCUUCCUGGCAAAGAUGAAGAAAGGAGAAGGAUAAACAGAAGCUCCUGUUCUCAGUGCACAUGCAAUGUGUGUGCCCUUACAUCUCCUAUUCCCUUUAUUAGUGUACACAGGGGUGGAGUGAUUCAGUUUUAAGAAUGCUAGGGUUCAUCGUAAUUUAAUCAGAGAAUGUUUCCCAAUACAGGACUGUGUUCCAGAAUAUGUGAACAAAGUGUCACUAAGCAUAUGCAUCAUUUUUUCUUUCUGCCACUGAAUCCUCCCAACACUCCUGUUCAGAGGAUAGAAUAAUGUAGCCUUCACACAGGGCUGAGCCCAGAACCUUUCCUUUAGAAGUUAAACACACACACACACACACACACACACACAUUUUGCUAGCAUACCAUGCAAUCAGAAAUGCAUUCCUCUUCAUAUAAAUCCUCCCUCUCCCAUUUUCAGCAGACAUUUACCAUAGUGCCUUUCCCCCCAUAGGCUCCUGACACUUCUUCUUCCCCAGCAAGUUAUCCAUUCUCUCCCCUGAUCCAGUCAGACCACUUCUUUCCUUUCCAGCUACAGCUGCAGAGUUGUCCACCACCCAUUGAGAAGGCAGGAGCUGUUAUGUAUGCACUUGGAUCGCCACCCCUGUUGUGUCUGCCCAGCGACUGAAGGAGGAAGGCUAGCAGUGGUGAUUCUUUAUCUUUGAGCCAAGGAGGACGAUAACUCUGAAGUAGCCUCCUUUUAGAAAUGUUGCUGCCACACAUCUUACUCUGCCUUGACCCAGUUAACUAGCCAAGAGCAUUAAUCUCCAAAACACACACAAUUUGCAUGUUUUGGAGAAUGCAAAACCCUGGAGAGGAUUUCAGAUCUGAAAGAAAUGCCUUUGCUUCGCUUAGGAAAAUUGCAUGCCCUCUAACCACUAGGUUGUAGUACUGACCUCUACUUCCAAUGAAUAUUUACUUAGCAUACCUCAUAAAAUUAAUCUUCUUUAAGGGCUGCCACAUUACUUCUAUAUUUUCAAAAAGGAAAUGGUCUUGGUGUUUCAUUUGUCCCAGUAGCUCUUGAUGCAACCUGAAGUCUGUUUUGCACCCAGCGCAAUCUAAUGUACAGUAAUACCUCAUGUUGCGUCUGCUUCAUGUUGCGUCUUUUCGCGUUAUGUCCUGUGGCAACCCGGAAGUACCAGAACGUGUUACUUCCAGGUUUCGCCAGAUGCGCAGAAGUGCUAAAUUGCGCCGCACGCGUGCGCAGACGUGACACUUCUGGAUGCAAACGCUUCAGGUUGCGGAUGUGCCUCCGGGACGGAUUACGUCCGCAACUCGAGGUUCCAUACAUGACACAUACAGCGCUCCAUCUUAAAAUUGUUACAAAUUUCAGUCUUGAGCUUCUCCAUAGCCUCUUGCUUUGUAUGCCCCUUCUCCCCUACUCUCGGUUUUUCAGUUUUUAAAAAACCCAGUCUUGAGUUCUGGGGAAUUCACAAUCUUACUCAAUAUUUGGAUGCUUUAGUUGGGAUCUCCGUCCCUAGCUUUAACUGUCUUGUGUCCUCUUCAAGUACUGUUUUUUCUCUCUGCAGUGGAGCAGGAAACUGUAGAAAAGAAGCCAUUGAAAUAAUUCCCCACAAACUGCAAUACCAGCUUCUGGUUUCUUAAUGUCUUCAGUGACACAUUGUUUCACCAAGAAACAAAUGUUACUCCUUGCAUACUGUUUCAUCAUUCUUUCAUAUAAAACUAUUUGCUGCUACAUAUUCUAUUGCUACUAAAUUAACUUUUCAUAGGUAUUCUUCCUGAAAAAGCGAAACAAACAUGAACAAAGUGUAACAUGUUUUUUAAAAUAUCCUUACCAAAUAAACUUAGUAAGUAGCAGGAUAAUUUUAUUAAUUAAAAUUUGUUGCUUUUCUCUUCCACAUAGAAAGCACGUAGCAGUGAUGACCUAUUAGAAAGAAAUUCACAAGGGUAUUAAAUUAUAUUAUUACUGGAGCCAAAUGAUGUUCACAAUUCAGUGAGUGAGAUUUCAAGGUACCCAAAACUUUUGCUCAGGGUGAAUAUUGAAGGAAACAAUAAAAGGAAAGAUUUUUUGAGAACAUGAUGUAGUCUUUAAGUCAUGUCCACUGUUUGUUUCAAUCUUUAAAUGGUAAUAGGAAGCCCAUACAGACUCUGUACGGUUACCUCUUAUUGGUAGCAGUGAGAAAUUCCCAUUUUAAUAUGACUUCUUGUUCAGUACACUUGAUCAAGUGCAUUUUGAUUGCGAUCAUCAUUUAAUAAAAGUAAAAGCUGAAGCUACUUGAGGAAGAACAGGAAUCAAAAAUGUUUUGUGAAAAGCAUGGAUUAGCAUGUGAUGUGAGUAUAUAGAUGUCAAGUGACAUCUUUGAGGCUGAAUGACAGAAAGUGAAGGGGGAUAAAAGUAAAUUAUGAAAAUCUGAUUUUACUACUUUUAGGAUAAAGGCUUGAUUUCUCCUUCCUGUACCAUACUUUCAUGUUAGUCCCUUACCAUUUUGCAAUACUUCAAGCUUGCAUAAGUUGGAAAGAUUAUGAUGGGGAGGAGGGUGGGGAAGGAAUUUCAAAGGGCACUCUUUUUUUUAUCUAUUCAGGUUUCUGCUUUGUACUCAUGAACUGUGAGGUUUAGGCUUGCCUAUCUAAAGUGGAUCUAUUUGCCUCCAGAGUCAACAAGAAACCUGUUUUUCAAUAGGCACGUGUAUCUAUUGCCAUUUGGAGUGGAUGUUUUAAGAAUUGCCCAGGAGCCUCAUGUUUGUCUUCCCACCUCUACUGCUCCUGGGCACACGUGAUCAAGAUCGGAAAGGUUUGGGUAAUCUUAAUCCUCCCAUAGUGCCCUAGCGGGUUAUGGUUUCCCAAGCUGAUAGACAUGAGAAUUGUUUCCCCUUUCAGGCCACAGUUCACUGUAGAUACUCUGCAACAAGACCCAGCUCAUAUAUUUGACUUAGUGUAAGAAUAUUGGGUACAGUGGUUAACUUGGUAGUCGAACAAAUUGGCUCCCAAAUGUCGCAAACCCGGAAGUGAGUGUUCCGGUUUGCGAAAGUUUUCUGGAAGCCGAAUGUCCGACGCGGCUUCUGUGGCUUCCGAUUGAGUGCAGGAAGCUCCUGCAGCCAAUCAGAAGCCAUGCCUUCAUUUUCGAACCAUUCCGGGAGUCGAAUGGCCUCCUGGAAUGGAUUAAAUUCGAGAACCAAGGUACCAUGGUACCACUGUACUUGGCUCAGAGGCAGUUUUAGGGUAGUGUGACCAGUUCAGUCACACUGGGCACUGGGUUGUAAGACGCGUCAAAACAAUGCUGUAGAAUGGAGUGCAAGAAGUUGUUGGGGGGCGGGGGUAGCAUUGCACAGGAUGCCACUGAAGUUGUUAGUGGCCCAGUAUCCUAUUUUCAAUUCAGAGUAGGAUACAGAUAACUCACAUUUUACACACAGUGAUCUUGUGCACAUUCAGCUUUACAGAAAGAAAGAAAGAAAGAAAGAAAGAAAGAAAGAAAGAAAGAAAGAGGGAACAUCCACACUGGCAAUCCCACCCACCACUGACCCCAAUAUGUUUUUGACUGUACAUAAAUUUGGGCUUUAUGUGCUAUUCCUGGAACAUAACCCCUGUGUAAGCUGAGAGUCACCUGCAUAUGAAAAAUAAAUUAGUAAACAGUGCUUAAAAAAUCACACUUUUCCUUUGAGGGUUGUUUUUGGAAAGGAGAAGUGGAAGAACGUAACAGACUUCAAAGGGAAAUGGAUUCUUCCAGCGUUUGAAACAUUUUGUGUGACACAGGAACACUUCAAAAGAGGCUUUCUUCAGCCUUCAUUAAAGAAUUCAGUUAACUCUGGAAAGUACAAGCCUGAAGUCCUACACACACUUGGGAGUAAGUCCCAUUUAGUCCAGAGGGACCUGGUUCUGGGUAAACAUCGGGAGGAUUGAGUUUCACCGUGACUAAGAUUUAGUAUGCUUUCCAAAACUUUGCAAUGUUUUCUGCCAGCUAAUUGCUGUUUAUUGCACUAAACCUUGGUCCUCAAACAGUAACUUUUUCCAUCUUAAAGUGGGUUGUCCCAUUCAAGUGAAGAGCAUGUUGUCUGAGUGCUAAAUGGAAUUACUACCAAUGGAAACUAUGCUGCAAGAGGAGUUGAUAAAGCAGCUGCCUAUGCAAACCUCAGCUGUUUUUUCCAUUCUCCAGAGCAAAGUUAAUUAGCAUAGGGAAACUGACUAAUGUGCUUACGUCACCUCUUUCCAGUUGAAGCUUAUAUUUUGUCCCUGACUGCCUGAAAGCAUGCUGCAGGACUUUGUUCAGGAAUUUGCUGUCGCAUACAGGAUGCUCUGAAACCUUUUUUUCCCCCUUCUUUUUUUUCUUUUUUUGGUUGAGGGGCUGGACUUGGUCCUUUUUAUAAACUCUCACUCUACAGUACAAAACUGCUUCUUCAAAAAAGGACUUUUUGGUGAUCUUGUACUGAGCUCUUAGCAUUCUUUAAGAGAGCAGAAGAUGCAUUUUAGGAACUUUGAUUACAUUUUUGGCUCCUUAAUUGCUUGUGUUCCUGACAACAAGGUUUUCAAUCAACCAGAAAUUAGGGUAAGGCUUUGUAGAUUUUUGUUUCUGGUGAGGAAUAUAGUUAAUGAAAAAAUGUAGGUGUGUUCAAAUGACUGACUAGGUUAGGUCUUGAUAUGGCAAUGUCAAAAUAAUCCCAAACUGCAGAAGCUGGUGUCCAUUUGUGUUUCUGUAUGCUUUAUAAAUUCUUACAAUAAUGCCUUAAGAUUAUGCUAGGGUUGUAGCUCAGUGGCAGAGUACAUGCUUGGCAUUCAAAAGCUCCCAGGCUCAAUCACCAGCAUCUCAAGGUAAAGACAGGAGAGACCUCUUUCUGAACCAGUGGAGAGCUGUUGCUAGUCAGUGUUGAAAAUACUGGGCUAGAUGGACUAAUGAACUGAUUUAGGCAGCUUCCUAUUUCCUGUGGGGUAAUUUGUAUGAUCCUUUAAGUACUUUUGUGUUAACUGUCUACAAAUUCUCAAUACUUCUAACUGCAAGUGUGGACUUUUAAAUAUUCUUUUAGUUUAAAUAGUUUAGCUUUACUGUUUACAAUUUCAUCCAGCUUUUCAUUUGUGAAAGUAAGGUGGAGGGGAAGUAGCAGGGGGUGGAAACUGGGUUUGAAACUUUGAACAGGGCUCACUGUAACUUGUUCAAAAGUGCAGUGCCUGGCCUUUAAAAAAAAAAAAAAAAAGACUAUACCAAAACUUCAAAACGCUAAUAACAAAAGCCUAGUUGUUAGUAGAAUGAAAACACAUUCUCUGUACUCUUUAAGAGAAGUAGCUCAGUUUUGGGCUGACAACUUUCUGUACAAAGUUGUAUAGUAUUCCCAUGUGUUACAUACUUGUUUGAAAGUUUAAAGAAAUAAUGUUUUGUUAUUUCCUUCAUGAAAAACCUGUUAUAGACUUGUGACUUAACUGAACCCAGCAAGUUCAGUAUUCUGUGAUUCCAUACAAGUUAGUCAAUAAUUAUAAUAGGCAAAAGAAACUGUAGUCAGUUCCUGUUAAUGGCUUGUGAAACAGGAAAUUAUAACAUACAUAAAUGCUCAGCUAAUGUGAUUAAGAACCAUUGUCUCCUCCUCAAACUCCACUCCUAGUUUCCUUAUUCUCAAUAUUAAAUGGCAGACACCUCUGUGAAUGAUGCAUAAAUAUAUUUGAGUUGGUUAGUUGCCUGAAAGUUUCAGUAACACAUGUGCUAAGCAUGCAUCACUACGGUAUGGAGCUGUCAGCUAGUGGCGGAUUUGCCACACCUGAAGUUCCACAGAUUAUUUGUUAUUUGGGGUCAGAAGCAAUUGUCUUUUUUCAGACUUUCUGGGGUUUUUUGCUGUUUUUUAAAAUGAAAACUAGAUAACCACCACAGCUGUAUCUUCACUAUUUCUUCAUCCAGCCACAGCCUUCCCCCCGCCACACUGGUUCUGUAUGUUUCUUAAGUUCUGAAGCACUCUGGAUUGGAAACUUGUGCUCUAUAGCAUCUAUGCGUUCACGCUUGCUACAUAGGGUCACACAUUGUUUUUUAGCAGCUGCAUGGUAGUUUCAGCUAGUGUAGAUUUUCCUGGCAUCAUGAAAAAGAAGGCUGACACAUUCACUUCAUGUAAUUGUUAAAGAUACAGAACCAAUCAGGAAAAAAGACUAUAUUCAAAGGCAUGUUUCCUAUUAAUACAUAUUAAUUGAUACUGAUUCUCAUCAAUCUAGCAAAGGGUUUGUGUUUUCUUGGGUUUAUUGCAUGGUACAGUGAUGACUUGUUGCUUAAAGCCAUUAGGGCUUACCUCUUGAAUUCUACCUUUCGGUUAUCAGGCUGAUUGCACAUAUCCUUGAGUGAAAUAGCUGGAAUGGAAACAUUUUAACCCACAUAACUGAAUUGCGGUUUGAGUAUCAAGUUCCCUGCAAAUAGAGGUGUGGCACUGGCAGAAGAGAAAAAGCUAUAUAAUACACUAUCCCCCAGAGCCCAAAAGUUGCAAAAAAACCCCAAAAGUUCCCUUGUGUAUUUGUUUAGGUCCAGGGACACACAUUCCCCACAGGGAGGGGAGGGAUAAUAUUUACAAGUACUUGGUUGUAGCUUUGCAAACAAGUCUGUAGGCCACUGAAAUAAUUUUUAAUCGUUUAUGCAAUACAAUAUAGCUUUUUAACAAAAUAUUCCGUUUGUCUUUCAGGCAAGAUUUGAAGCACUCUUUAGAACAUAUGACAAAGAUGUCACAUUUCAGUAUUUUAAAAGUUUUAAAAGAGUACGGAUAAACUUCAGCGACCCUUUGUCAGCAGCUGACGUUAAAAUACAGUUACACAAGAAAGAAUUUCUUGGAAAGGAAUUGAAAUUGUAUUUUGCUCAGGUAAGACAGAGAAACCUACUUGGUAAACAUUUAAUUGCAUUGUUGCCAGUUUCAUUUCACAUCCUUCCUCCAGUGAACUCUUGAGUAAAGCAUUCUCGCCCCACAACAACCCGGUGCAGUAGGGUGGGUUGAAUGAAAGUGAUCCACCUAUUGAGCUUCAGAGCUAAGCAGGGCUGUUAUGCAAACUCAAAAAUUACAAUAUGUUACAGAAUCUUUUCAUAAACCACCUGUCUUUCAUAGAACUACUUUGCAGUGAUCUGAGCAGUUGAAUUGUGACGCCUGCUAUUUUUGAUGUGUUCUUAAAGUACCGCUUCCAAGAAAGGAUGACAUCACACAUUCCAGUACCAUUUUCAUUUUCACUAAGGCUCUAAUGAUACGGAUUUGCUUAGGCAGUUUUCUGGUCACCACUUUACAGCUAAGCUGUUAGGAGAUCUGGCAUUUGCUCUACUUCUUUAAUGGUAUUGAAGUAUUCUGUUAUAAGACACAGUCCUUAAGGAUUGCUUCUUUUGAUCAUGUCACUGACAGACACUGUGGAACCUCAGGAGAGGAGAUAUGAGGAAUAACUAUAUUUUAUGUAUGAUUUCCCAAAUCAUUUGUAUUGAAAGAGGACAAGCUUUUAUUUUCUAUCUUGUGUUAUUUGAAAGUGCAACCAGAUAAGCUUUCUCAGAGAUUUCUAAAGAAAAUCAUGGAAGCUGAAGUGGGAUUAAUCUGAAUGUCCAUUUCAGACACAUUUUAUUUUUAUGUAUAUUAAAAAAAACCUGAACAAAAAAGAGUGAGAUCAUUGAGCAGAUUAGUUAGUUAUGGAAUCUGGGCGGCAUACAACAAAUUUGUAACUACAAUUUCUAUACAAUUUCUAUACAAAAUAAUAUAUAAAAACAUUAGAAAGUGCAUGAAUACAAUAAGAUAUCAGUAAGAGAAAAGUUGUGAAUUGUGAAGGUCACAUACAAUCUAGAAAUUGUGACUUUUUCUUUUUAAAAUACAUGUAAGCUGUAACUAGAAGAGGAUUCCCAGGUAUUUGCAAGUAUCUAGAAGGAAGAGACUUAGAAAGAAGGGAAUCUGAUCUAUACAUGUGUAUACUCACAAUUAAGUUCAAAAUGCUUCAUUAGAAGCAGCCUUUAUUCUGCUCUUGAAUUCUUCUUCUAGUUAGGACAGCCUUGUAAAUGAACUCACAAAAGUUUCUGGCCUCCCAUUUGUUUUACUAGCCUACAUCCCCACGCUGGCUACAAGGGAAGAUUUUUUUAAAGUUCCCUGCAGCCAGUAUGGAAAUGCAGCAGGCUGAGGGACAGAGUGAUCCAUCCUCCCAGGAAUCAUAAGAUUAUAUCUUAAAGACCAAACUUCAGUAUCAUUUUAUUUUUUAUCUUUUGGGUUGUUGUUUAAAAUGUUCUAUCAUUAUCUCUAUAUACCAGGUGGGUGCAGAAAGUUCCAGGUUUCAUUAACCUAAUAUUGUCAGCCCAAUGGAUUGGAUCCACACUUAAUCAUGCUUAGAACAGACCAUUGAAAUCAGAGGGACAGAUUAUUCUAAGCAUAACUGACUCUGGAUCCAGUCCACUGGAUCCAAUCCACUGGAUCCAAUACCAUUACAUACCUCUGCCAUAAGCACGACAUAUUUGUAUUCCAUGCAUGUGCUUUUUAAAAAAUCAAAGUAAAAAAUAAAAAUCUGUUUCAUCUCUCCAGACUUUGCAUAUUGGAAGUUCACGCUUAGCACCACCAGAUCCAGAAAAACAAUUUCUGAUUUCACCUCCAUCUUCUCCCCCUGUUGGUUGGACUCAGUCUGAUGAUGCUACACCUGCCAUUAACUACGAUCUUUUAUAUGCGAUCUCCAAACUAGGACCAGGUAAGAGGCAUAUAUGCCUAAAGUGUAAUGGCUCAAGUUAAUUUUCCUUUUAUUGUUGAUUUACUGUAAUGGGUGUGGCUGCAUAAGAAUUGAACUUAUUCACAAUAACACCUGUGAUCUGAAUUGAGAGUUGUUAGGAGACCUCUAUUGUCUUCACCGAAUUAGUUUUCAGAAACAUUUCACAAUUCCUCUUCACAGAGAGCUCUGGGAAUUGUAGCUCUGUGAGGCGAAAAGCUGUAUUCUGACAACUCUCAGCACCCUUAACAAACUACAGCUCUCAAGAUCCUUUGGCAGAAGGCAUGACUUCUGUAUGGUAUGAAUGUGGCCUUCACUCCUUCAGCAGCCCGCUUAGUUUCUGCAGUAGGUACAAACAUAACAUAUGGAAUGAAUGCUUCAUCCCUCUUCCACCAGCCCCCACACUCACUUGCCUAGAAUUCCUUCUUGCCUGUGGUUACCGGGCAAGUGUUUUAAUGCAAGGCUGAUCUUGCAGAGAGGCUUAGUAAGAACGAUUGCACUAGUAUGGUCACAUGAAGGUACAAUUAAUGGACAAGUGUGGCCUGCAACAAAAUGUUGCAGUGCAGAUUGCCCCCUUGCAGAGUUCCAGCCAGCCAUUCCCUUUCCCCACAUUUUCCAUUUCCCUUAACCAUGAAACAUGCAGUAUUUUAUUACUAUUCUGCGUGUCUCAGUCCUUGUUGGAUUAUGUGGUGUUUUUUGAACCUUCAGGAUUUUUCUCUCUCUCUAAAGAUCUUUGUAAUUCUGCAAAUGUCAGGGUUCCCCUGAGUCAGGCCACACACUUUCUGUGUGAGUGCUGCCAUUUUGGCCACAUAGAGAUUGUCACUCAUCUCUGAACAUUGCAGAUAGAGGGGAUAAUACUGGGGGAAUCUAAACCAGCUGAAGUUUAUAAAUUUGCUGAUAGUAUAUAUGUUGAUUCUGCGUUACAUUUGCUUGUUAAUCAUAACUUUCACUUGCUGAAGAAGCAAAAUUUGAAAAGGAGAAUAAAACACCCCAUAGCUCCCCAGGAUGUGAGAAACUAUUGCUGAUUUGUAAGUUCAUAACUGGGAGUUGAGAGGUAGCAAUCAGGAUUAAAAAGGGGUAAUCCAUGAUCAUGUUAUCCCACUGUUUAAAAAUAAACAAUGAGCUGCUCCAUGCAACUGCUCUGAAGAUCUGGGAAGAGGAGCAGGGAAAGAAGCUCUAAUGCCUCCCUUUCCUCACCACAACACAGAGCUAUUAGUUCUACUGGGGGAAAUGUACAAGUAUUUUAUAUCUACAGUUGUCUUACCACUGUUGCUAUUUUUAAAAACAUUUUAGGGGACCAGUAUGAACUUCAUGCUGCAACAGAAACUACUCCCAGUGUUGUUGUCCACGUGUGUGACACGAAUGAAGAACGUGAGGCAGAAGCGGAGAAAAAAGACGCCAAGAAAGCAAAACCCAAACCAAAAAUUAUUCAAACCAGAAGGCCAGACUAUACUCCUUCUUACCAAAGUUGAACUACGUAGAGCUUUGAAAUGUUCCAAACUUGCAUGCUCAAGGGAGACAUUGAGGAAAUGAUGUCAUAAAUCUGAUGACAUUAGAGGUGGAAGCAGCAAUUCUAACAUACAGAUGUUUUAAGAAAGGGAAUGUCUUCAUUUGUUUGUUUUAAUGCUGCACGUUGGCUGACAAGACCAAUCCCAAAAUGAACUUCUGAAUGGUUGUCCUGGAGAAUGAUUAAAUAGUGGCAUUGAGGCAAAAAGCAUGUACUGUUGUGCUUUAGGGCUAUUUUCAGAUACUCCAGACUUCUGUUACAAAGCAGCUGAGGAUGCCUUCCCUAUUUAUGUAUGUCCCUGAUAAAGUCCUCCAAUUCAUAAGUUAGCAUGGUUGCCAUUCUAAAAUACACUCACUGAUAAAUACACUCCAUUGGAAUCAGUAGGGCAUACAAGUAAGUAUGUUAGAGAUUGCAGCUUGUAUAUGACUUAUGAUGGUAAAGAGAUGGUUUUAAUGCAAUAGGGUGAUGUCCAACAUUAGUCAUAACCCAAGUUGACCCAUUGAAAUCAGUGGAUGUGUCUACUCUGAGUAUGACUAACAUUGAAUAUUAACCACAGUAAGAUAUAUUUAAUCAUUUUUCCUAUUAGAUUUGUGCAUGCCUGUAAAACUUGAGAAGUUUAACUUCCUCUGCAUUUUCCAGUUUUACAUUAUCCCAAAUACUGAUUUCUCAGUUUUCCUUCUGAAUUAUGUUUGUAUUGGCAUUCAUUUUUCAGUUGGGACAUAUUUUUAGUGAAGUUAUGUGCAAUAUCCCCUUUUAAUGUUAACUGCCAAUGCAUGGUUUAUCUAGAAAACCUAUAAAACACUUGUGCACAUUUUAAGUGGGUUGACAAUUUUAAAUUAUUCUAAAUGACAUUAUUUAAUAUUGAUUUAAAAUACCUUGACUUCUUUACCGAUCAGAAGUACAAGAAACCCGCAGAUAAAGCUGAUACUGUGUUGUUACAGUUCACAACUGAGAGAGAAUAUAAGCUUGCCCUAGCCACAAACUUGUAAAUUAUUGUUGGUGUUUAAAUGUUGUUAAUGGUGCUUGAGCACAUCUAGUGUGAAAACAAAUGUGAAAUGUGGCAUUUGCGAAGGUUGGAGUGCCUUUUUCUCAUGAAUUCCUGGGAGGAUUGUUGCACUAGCUGUAAGAUUAUUUAAUUUUUUAAUUGGCAGUAGAUAGUUAUAUCAAAUAUUUUCUGCUAAAGCAUCAUCAAGUAAGAUGUGUUCUAUUUCCCCUUGUUUGAUGCAGGGCCACAAUGCUUUUUCUUCUCCUUUUAGUGCUUUGUGUCUGAGCAGCAAUUUAUUAGCUACAGCUAAAAGUCUAGCGGUAAAUGGUGUUCAAGCUUUUUUUGUACCAUAUUUACAAGCAAAAUUUACUGCACAGUGACAUCCCACUUCAAGUAUUUCUAGGAGUUUUCUUUUAGAAUGGAUUAUUGAAAUGAAUUUUAAAAGGCUUUUAAAAAUAAACAUUUCACAGUUUGUGAUGUCUAAGCAAAGGUGUUUUCUCUGUUUGUUUUUUUCCUACUAUGAGGGAUUUCAUGCUGCUUGUACAUUUCUAGAAACUAUAAGAAGCUGGAUAUUUCCAUACAGAUGUCAGUGGGAGCUCUGUUUUAAGAGAACCUGUUCUGUCAGAGAAAUUUUAAUGAGAGGUUUUUCACUAUGAGGUGUACCAUCCUUCUCGGAACAGAUGUAGCCAGGAUAGUAUAAAUAGCUUGAUUAAGUCAGCAGUACAGAGUGUACUGUAUUUGUAAUAUUCCAGCUUUGCCCAAGAUGUGUGUUUUUAAAAACUAUGAAGUCCAUUCAAUACAAGUACAAAUGAAACAACAAUAUGUAUUUGUUUUCUUUCAAAGGACAACAAAAAAGCUCCAGGAUGUCAUGCUGCAGAUCUUGAUUGUACUACCGCCUUUUUCUUAUACUGUAUAAACUGCUUCUAUAUUUGUAAAUGUUUUAAAUACCCACUCUACAGACCAGUUAAGCUGGAUGACUAUUUAAGAUUAUUUAAACUUACAAGUAAAUGCUGUUGAGGUCAUUAGGGCUUAAUUUUCUUUAAGUUGCAAUCCUGCAAAUAGGGCUCCUUCAGUGCCAUUGAUAUCAACGAUUUAAGCUGUCUAACUAUAUAGGGAGAGCUGCAGUCCUUAGUCCCACUGAACCCAAAUGUUCAGGUAUGUCAGCUGGACUGCUUUCUGGAGUUUACCUACACCAGGCAUGGCCAAACUUGGCCCUCCAGCUGUUUUGUCACUACAAUUCCCAUCAUCCCUGACCACUGGUCCUGUUAGCUAGGGAUGAUGGGAGUUGUAGUCCCAAAACAGCUGGAGGGCCAAGUUUGGCUAUGCCUGAUCCUACACUGAUGAACGACUACCUAAUUGUCAUGUAUUAAAUACAGAAUGUAAACAAGACAAACACAAUAUGCUAUUUGCUUAUAAAACCAGUCCACCUUAUGACAUGCAGCCCUUGGAAAAUACUUCACUGUGGCAAGAUAUUGUACAUUGCAGCAAGAGAAGAAUGGCAGGAGGAGAGAAUGCUCUUGUGCUCAAGUCCUGCUUCUGGGUAUCCCACAGGCAUCUGGUUGGCCACUGUGGAAACAGGAUGCUAGACUAGAGAGGCCACUUGCCUGAUCCAACAGGCUCAUCUUAUGUGUUAGCCAAUGCCUCAUGCAUCCUGUCUCACGUCAGUUCAUUCAGCUGGUGUACAGGGCUUGCUAUUGAAAGAGGGCAAGGCUAUGUGGUUUACUGUAGCCUUACUCACUUUAGAUAGCCCAGGAUGGACCAGAGCAACAGCUGAGCUACUGUAGUGCAUUCUUUAUCUAAAUAUCUGUGGCCCUCCAGCUGUUGUUGGAUGAUAGCUCCCAUCAUUCUUCACCAUUGGCCAAGCUGGCUGAUGGGAAGAUCACCUCUUCCCCAUCCCUGGCCUGUUACCACCAUGCCUGCACAUAGCAACACUUUCUGAUGAUCCUUCCUCUUGUCGCUGUACAUGGAUACAGCUUUUGAUUGGAAUUUUGUAAUCGGCUAAUACUUCUGAACCCAGCAGUGCUCCUUUGCAUCCCACCUAAUUUUCUUUAAUGAUAAUGAGAAAACACAUAAAGGUGUGGUUUCUAGUGUUACGUCUAAGAUGUCGCAUGAAGCAAAUGGACAUUCGGAGGCUUGGUGAACUUAAGUAGGCUGAAAUAUUACACAAGUUUAGUUGGUGUGUAAAUGAGCAGUAUUGAACAGAAGUACUCCUAGGUCAUGGAGAGUGGGGACUAGGGAGUUCCAGGAAUUGCCCAUGCUUGCAUCUUAAUUUAAUUACUACUUACUUAUUGCUACGAACACACCUUUUUAGCACAAGUUUAUUAUUUGCAGUACUUUUUUAUGAUAGCUUUUUUUAAAAAAUGUGCACAAUUUUGUCCAUAUUUAAAUAGACAUAUUUUUAUAUCAAAUGUAAUAAAUUCAAAAGGAAUGAUGGUAUGAAUUGGUUGCAGCUCAUAGAAAUAGGGCACAUGUUCAGAGUCAUGUAAAAUUUAAAAUAUCUGCACCCCAAUUUUCUAGUUUACAAGUAAAAUAUUUGAAAUGUUAGCAGCAAAGUCCUUGCAUUUGAGUGGAACAUUCCAGGCCUUGACUUUUCAUUUCAGAUCCUUUCCUUGCUUGAUUCAUUUGCAUUGAUAAAGAGGUUAUGAAGGGAGUUCAUGAUUCUUACAAAAUAAAUGGUCAGAGUAUAUAUUAUCUUUCCAGAUUUUUUGGUUUGUUUGUGUUUAAACAGUAGAGCAGGAAACUCAGCAGUCACAGAAAUAACCAUAUAAAAUGCCACGUAUGCAUAGAAAUCCAGCGUAGCCUAUUUAUUUUUAUUGCUCCUGUGGGUGAAAUGGGGUCUGUUUGAGAUAGCCAAUGUUAUAUGUUUUGUUCAAUUGUUAUGGGCAAAUGUGCAUAGAGACUUUCAUACUUUAUAAUAUAAAUUCUACAAAAAGUCA